AUGCAUCAAUAUCUUGGCGGUACUGCGGUACUAAGGAAUAUAAAUAAUUUAGCGAAUCAAAAAGGAGUGAUCAUGAACACUCUCUUCACAACAGCUAGUUCUUUGAGGACUUUGUGUAACGGCAUUGGAGCAGAUGAGAGAAUAUUUAGUAAUGAAUCGGGACGUCAAGAUUAUGGGAGAGCUGGUCUAGGGCUGAGUCGUUCCUGCGCUGAACAAGUAGUACAGAGUAGCAGCAACUAG